AUGACAACAAGCGGGGAAGUUAAAACUAAGGAGGAAAAACAAAAGGAAACAACACAAGUAAGCCAACUCACUUUUAGUUUGUUUUAAAAGACUUCAUUCUAAACGAGCUAUACGCCCGUAUUCUAAAAGCUCACUCACACUCGAUGACAAUGAAUGGAGGUUCAAUCUGAGCUUCUCUUGAGUGUCAAUGCCGUUUUUGAAUAGCUGGAGGGUGAGUAGUCGCAUAGUAAGGUAUGACACUAGCCCUCCAGCUAUUCAAAAACAGCAUUGACACUCAAGAGAAGCUCAGAUUAAACCUCCACUCAUUGUCAUCGAGUGUGAGUGAGCUUUUAGAAUACGGGCGAUAGACUUGGUUCAAAUCGAGCUUUACUGCGUUUGGUGGAGUGAUUAUAAAUACGAUUUAUUGAUUUUAUUUUCUUCGUUUUUCCAACAGGUCAUCGGCGAAAGUGACGACUCCUUGUUUCAUAGUGCCAUUCAUCCACCGAAACCUCGUCCGCGCAGCAUCUUUAAUACAAAUAACACCAUUCAUCCACCAAAACCUCGUCCGCGCAGCAUCUUCAAUACAAAUAACACCAUUCAUCCACCGAAACCCCGGCCGCGUAGCAUCUUUGAUAGAAAUGUCGAACCAGAUGCAUUCCCUGCCACUACAGGUUAGAAGAAAGCCAUGCACAAUGACAUAAAAAAAUUACGGGUCAUAAGGGAGGAUUUGCACUAACAGAGAAACAUUUCGUUGUCGAAAUAUUGACCAUUGAAUGUUGACUAUCCGAAUAAAUCAGCCACAAUUCAAAGAUAUUGAGCAAAAAAAGUCGACAGCAAAAUUUUUCUUCAUCGAAAUUUUUCUUGAAAAUGGAUCCAGCUGACCAAAUCUAGUCCCGCUGCAGUUAAAACAAAUUAGUUAUGCAUGACAUCUGAACAAGCAGAGGGAGCAAAAAUCUGUUCAAUCGUUAGUCCAACGAUGCUGGAUGAAAAUUCCGACAUUUCUUACAUUACCGAUGUUAAUAAAAGUUGACUUGAUCAUGCCCCGAUCAUGCAGACCCAUGGACAGCCUGUUUAAUCCUGGCAAAAAUCCUUACUUUUUCAGGUGAAGACAAAGACAGUACUCAUUUGCCACCAUCACCAUUACUUGAGCACAGAAUCAACAACGGCUAUGCCUUAGUCAUUCACAAUAGAUUUUUCCGACAACUGAAUCCAAGAAGAGGUUCUGAGAAAGACAUAGAUGCUAUAAAAUUCUUCUGUGAACAAGCUGGCUUGACAAUUGACAUUCAGGAAAAUCUUAAAGUGAACGAUAUCCGCGCCCAUUGCCGGAAACUCAGGGAAGAUAAAAAUAUAUUUCGAAACUAUGAUGGUUUCGUCUGCUUUAUACUUAGUCAUGGUACAAGGUAAAUAUUUAUUUAUUUAUACAUUAAUCGUUCCAAGUGUCUAGUGAAAAUACAGUAAAAUUAAUUUAAGUUUAGGUUUUCUCCUGUGGUAACACUGCAGGGACCAAUAAAAAAGACUCCUGUAUUGGAGCUCUAGGGUGACCAGUUCAAAACUGAUAAAGCUAUCCAGUAGAAAUGAAGAUAGUUUAGUUUAGGUUUCCUCGUGUAGUAACACUGGAUCAAUAAGAGAUAACUCUUACUGGACCUCUAGGAAGAACAGUUUAGAACUGAUAGAGAUGUCCAGUAUAAAUGAAGUUAGUUUAGUUUAAGUUUCCUCCUGUUGUAACACUGGAUCAAUAAGAGAUCACAUUCAAUUUUAUCCAAAAUAAAUGCAGUUAAUUUAGUUAAACGUUGAACACUUGACAAUGCACGACUCUAACGUUCGAUGGCUCAUGAAUAGUUUUAAAUAUCUUUUAUUAAAUAGUUCUGGCAUUUGUGGUGUCUACGAUGAUACAAUAAGUGUAGAGGAAAUUGUCUCGUAUUUCAAAGAAAGUGUUGACCUUCUUGGAAAGCCAAAGCUGUUUUUCAUCCAAGCAUGCAGAAUUGGCGAGCUCGAAGACGAUAGUAAUGAAAUUGGUCACAAACAACGUUUAUGCCCACCAGAUUCCUCCGACAUCCUGAUCGCUCAUUCAACCAUCGACGGAGAAUCAUCAUUCAGGAAUAUCCACAAAGGAUCCUGGUUUAUCCAGACAUUAAUGAAGCAGUUUCUGACGCAUGCACAAAGCUUACAUGUGAUGGAUAUCAUGACGGUAGUGAAUGAAGAUAUAGCUGGCAGUGAAUUAGAGGGCUAUAGACAGAUGCCAAAUCAACUUUCAACUCUUACGAAGUUUGUGUAUUUCAAGAUGGCGGCGGUUGCUGAAGUUGUGCAGGCGAAAACCGAUGAAGCAGAAGAAACAUCUUUCCAGUGUGUGGUGGGAUGACAAAGAAGGCAGGGCCGUCCUACAGGGGGUGUGGGG